AUGUACGAAGAUUACGUGGGAAAUGGAUUUUCAAAGCCAUGGAUGACUUCUCUUUAUGCUCCCGAUUGUGAUGACUUAUUGAAGAAAACAAUCGAAAAAAUAUGGCGUGAAAUUCUUCGUAGAUGUCGACUUUUAGAUGCAGGUAGGACUGGUCAUAUUUCUGCAAAUUGUCUCAAAGAAGUUUUAGGUCAGUGUGGCAUACCUGUUAAUAAUAAAAGUAUGGCAGGCAUUCUUGAAAUUAAAUAUGGAUUUACAAGACAAAACAUAACAAAUUACUGGAAUUUUCUAAGAAAAUGCGUUAGUUCUUUUCAAGAUGAAGAUUACGAUACGAAACUUGAAACAGGUGACAUAUUUGAUAAUAAAGGACGUUUUGCACCUUAUAAGAUACUUCUUGCAAUAAGAGGACAGGUAUUGCAUUAUUGGAGAUGA